AUGAUCUCUUGGAUCAAGUUUCCUCGUGGCUCCUGGUCCUGGAAUAGACACUGACGAUAUGGACACAGUAUGGCUUCGGUACUGUGGCAUGCCUCUGGGAAUAGUUUCGUUUCGCCUGCCAUCAUCUUCCUCCUGCUACUUGGUCCACACGCUAUCACAGCUCGCGAGGUAAUUGAUGUGCCACAGCCACAGCAAGACUACGUACCAUCCCUAUCUCCACCACCACCGGGACCUUUUGCCACUGCCAAAACAUCAAGAUGCGACCAAACAUUUGUCAGCGUCCCAGGCAGCCCGGAAAAUGGGACUUUCCACGCUCCGUAUUUGAUAAAUCCAAAACUUGAAUCGCAACAGUGUGUUUACACAUUUUUAGCGGGACCUUAUCAGCGCGCCGAGGUCGUCUUCACGACAUUUGGUCUCCGCGGCACACCACCAGAUGGAUCUGCCGUUGGGGAAUUGCCUGGAUGUGUACACGAGUAUAUGGAUGUAUACACGCAGAUACGAUCUGAUAACACGACCAAGCUGAUAGAGACACCCUUCGGUGGUCGAUACUGCGGUCCUAUACCACCGAGACGUCGAGUAUCUCUCUACCGAGGGAUUGCACUUAGUUUCUAUACUGACAAGAAUAUCACCCUACCAACUCUAUUUAGCGGUCGUUAUGCCUUCAUCAAUGCCUCUGAGUAUGAAAUCGGAACACCAGUGCUAGGCACACCGUGUUCUUUCGUCGUAAAUACAACGAUUAAGCGUACUGGAUCCAUCCUUUCGCCCACAUAUCCUGGUACUUAUCCGAAGAAUCUUACAUGUAGGUAUCAAUUCAUCGGUAACAGUGGCCAGAGGAUUAGACUCGAGUUUCGGGAUUUUGAUCUCUUCUACGGGGGUCCUCACUGCCCAUUCGACUAUGUAAAGGUGUACGAUGGACUUGACUUAAAGUCAGCUCCCGUGAUAGGGACUUACUGCGGUCAACAACGUAAUUUGGUGCUAUAUUCUUCGCAGUCAAAUUUAACUGUACUCUUUUCAACACUUCAGCGCACUGCGAACACACAAAAUCGUGGCUUUAAAGGAAUAUUUGAAUUUUCUGAAGGCUUCGUUAAAUUAGAUUUCAUAAACAAAUCCGGAGGUAUGCAUAUACGAGGAUCCGAGUGUGACCAAAAAAUUUUAAGCACCAGAGAAUCUAAUGGCUCUGUCGUGAGUCCUAAUUAUCCGUUUCCUUACAUUCCGAAAGUUGUGUGUCGUUAUUUUGUAUAUGGUAUGCAAGAUGCACAGCAUUUGGAACGUGUGAAACUUGAAUUUUUAACGUUUGAUAUUAGCAAGGGUGAAGCAAAAGGAGACUCAGCCUGCACUGACGGUUACCUUAAAAUCUACCUAAAAGGCCAAGAAGCUACUGAUUCGUAUGACAAAUUUGAUUACGAGUUGUGUGGUAAUGAAACAAAUCCGAGCCAAGUAGUUAGUGACGGGCCACGACUGGUCAUGGUAUUCAGCAGCGGUGAACUUAAACAAGGCCGGGGUUUCAAAGCAAGAUACAGCUUCGAAACAGAAUACAAAAUACCCGGUACGGCUGCACCGGACGGCAGUUGCACAUUCACUUAUCGCAGUUCCUCACGGAAGAAAGGUGAAUUCAAUUCACCACGUUAUCCAAGCAAUUAUCCGAGCGAUAUCAAUUGUACUUAUCUCUUCUUGGCAACUCCAAACGAACAAGUUACCCUUGUUUUUGAUCACUUUAAAGUUAGAUCUCAGCCAUCAAAUUCGACUACUGGAUUCUAUGGAGAAGAGAUCUGUCAGAAUGAUUGGUUAGAAAUUUACAACAUGUAUCGUGACAAUACGGAAAAAUUAAUUGGAAGAUACUGUGGAACUUCUGCACCAGGUCCAGUAGAAUCGAAUCUCGGUGCGCUUGGAGUCAAAGUUAUUCUUCACUCAGAUGCAGAAUUAGUUUACAGUGGCUUCAAAGCUCGUUAUAUGUUUGAAGUCGCCAAGUCUAUUUUCGGCGAUUGUGGCUCCAAUAUAAGUAGUCUCGAAUACGGUGUAAUAAUGACACCAAAUCAUCCAGAGAAUUACGACAGUCCUCUCCGAAAUUUCGCAAGUAAAACUUGCAAUUGGUUUAUAUCUGUACGUCCGGAUCAUCAGAUAUUAAUCUAUUUCGAAGAUUUUUCCGUAGAGGGUGAACAAUCGGUCAGAGGAUGUCCCGCGGCUGUUUUACGAUUGUGGUUAUCGCCGAUGGCAACUCCAAUUGAAUUGUGUGGUGUAAAAACGUCAGACGGUCCAAACGAUUAUUUAUCUCAAGAUCAUAAUAUGCGACUCAGCUUUAUAUCAUCGGACAAAUCAGUAGGCCAAAAAGGUUUUCGCGCCGUAUGGACAGAAGUGUAUAAAGCGAACGAGUGCGAGCCGAAUGAAUUUCACUGUAGUGGAAACAACUACUGCAUUGCAGAAACAUUACGUUGUAAUAAUGUAGACAACUGCGGUCCAAAUGAUACAAGCGACGAGGAGAACUGUGCAAUAUCAGUGCCUCCAGUAAGUUACGCAAUACCUGCAGGAAGUGCUGCGGCUGCUGUGCUAGUAGCCCUUGCACUGUGUCUUCUCUGUCAUCGUAAAAUGAAGCGACGCACUGAAGAAGUAAACAUCGAUGACUUUCAGCAGCGUAUCGAGGACAUGCGUUACUGCUAUCAUCAUCACACCGUCUUCCAUCGAACACCAAGUACUCAUAGUCAUAGCCAUCCGGAUACUUACAACAACCAGUAUCAUAUGGAGCAGCCUAGUCCACCAAGUGAGAGUGAAAUUGAGCAUGUAUGUGGCGAUGAUGCGAGUAGUCCCGAAACUCCGUGACCAUCGUGCACUACUGUUACAAUUUGGUGUCACUGUCAUUGUUAUUAUUGUUAUUAUUAUUAUAAUUGCAUUUAUAAUGAAAAUAAUAAUAAUUAUCAUCAUUAUCAUUAUCAUUAUUAUUAUUAUUAUUAUUAUUAUUAUUAUUAUUAUUAUUAUUAUUAUUAUUAUUAUUAUAACAAUAAUGAUAAUAAUACUUACAACUCCGAGUGUCGUCAUGAAUGUCGACCACUACCAAAGCGUGUGUUAAUUGCACGUGUUUAUGAAACGCAGACUGUACAACCGCGCCUAAAGUGUAAUAAAAAAAUUGUUGUUGUUAAUGUUGUUGUUAUCAUCGUUGCUCGAAUCGAUUAUUUCGGCAGCUCAUUAUCCAGCGCCAUCAAUGGCCAUUUAUAUUACAAUAAUAUCGAUCAAUUAUUAUUGUCAUCAUAUCAAAGGAAUACCAUCAUCUUCGUUACAGCGUUUGAAUUACACGUCAAUCAGGAUAAAUAAAUAAAUGAAUAAAUAAUGUAAAAAUGUUUGUUCAGAUUACGUGGGUAUAUAUAGUAAUGAUUAAUUAUACAUGGACACCAGGGUUAUGAUUAUGAUUUAGAAAUCCAUCAUUUUUUUAUCAAUAAUGUUUGUAUGUGCAUCAUUGUCCAUUUGAUGUAUUGAUAUGUUUGAUAGUCUUAAGAUUAAUAUAUUAAUUUUCAUUUUAUAUUUGUAUGAAUUAUUACUAUAAUCAUUAUGUAUUGUUUUAAGAAGAAAAGUGUGAGGUGAAAGUAUGUUUGAUUAUAUUGAUUACUAGUAAUUGGACAAAUGCCCACAUUGAACAAUUAGUCGAGAUUUUAAAUGAAACAACAGAUGUACGUAGGCUGGUACCUGCUAAUUAUUUGAAAAAACGCGUUCUUUUAAUCCUUUUAUACAUUUUACUGCAAUUAAAUACGCUGUAUAUUUUACAUUGAACGGUAAAAUAAUAAUAA